AAAUGGAUGAUCUCGACACUACUUUAGAGUGAGUUGGACCCCGCAUCCUCCGCAAAACCCGUUGGCCAUCGGUCCCGAAAAUUAACCGCCGUCCAAUUCCCCGUCCCUUUGUUCGCCGGCGUUAACUCUCUCUCUCUCUCUCUCUCUCUCUCUCUCUCUCUCCGUAUACGUAUACGUAUACGUAUAUGUUAUAUACAUAAGCGCAUUACAUACGCAUAAGACGCUUUCUAUAAAUUCCUGUCUCUCUCCCUCUGGAAUCUCCAUUUGAAUUCGGGAAGGUUCGGCAACGGAGGAGGUUGCUGCGGCCUGAUUGUUUCUGAGUUUAAAGUUUGUGCUUGGUGGUGGAGCUGAAGCGAGAGAGAGAGAGAGAGAGAGAGAGAGAGAGAGGAGGGAUUUGAAUGGCGGUGGAGUACAGAUGUUGCGGAUCGAAUUUUUUCUUGCACAUAUUGAUAAUCGUGUUCUUGGUGGUGUUCGCCGGGUUGAUGUCAGGGCUCACCUUAGGGCUCAUGUCGAUGAGUCUUGUCGAUCUCGAGGUCCUCGCCAAGUCUGGAACCCCUAAGGAUCGCAAAUACGCCGCGAAGAUAUUGCCAGUGGUAAAAAAUCAGCAUUUAUUACUUUGCACCCUCCUUAUUUGCAAUGCUGCUUCCAUGGAGGCGCUUCCCAUUUUUCUUGAUAGUCUGGUUACAGCAUGGGGUGCUAUUCUGAUUUCGGUGACAUUGAUUCUUCUGUUCGGUGAGAUCAUACCCCAAUCUGUUUGUUCUCGGUAUGGUUUAGCAAUUGGUGCGACUGUGGCACCAUUUGUCCGCGUUCUUGUCUGGAUCUGCUAUCCUGUCGCAUUUCCAAUCAGCAAGCUAUUAGACUUUCUGCUGGGACAUGGGCAUGUAGCUCUUUUUCGCAGAGCUGAGUUGAAAACACUUGUAAAUUUUCAUGGCAACGAGGCUGGAAAAGGCGGAGAACUGACACAUGAUGAGACAACAAUUAUUGCUGGAGCACUUGAGCUCAGUGAAAAAACUGCUGGUGAUGCCAUGACUCCUAUAGCUGAUACUUUUGCAAUUGAUAUCAAUGCCAAGCUUGACAGGGAUUUGAUGAAUCUAAUAUUGGAAAAAGGGCAUAGCAGAGUGCCAGUUUAUUAUGAGGAAUGUACAAACAUAAUUGGACUUAUCUUGGUCAAGAACUUGUUAGCAAUUCACCCAGAGGAUGAAGUGCCGGUAAAGAGCGUCACUAUACGCAGGAUUCCAAGGGUGCCAGAGACUUUGCCCUUAUAUGACAUAUUGAAUGAGUUUCAAAAAGGUCACAGCCACAUGGCUGUUGUUGUAAGACGGUGCAACGAGGCAGUAGAGGACCCUGGCAACCCUCCUGAAAAUCAAGUGAAAGAAGUGAAAAUAAGUAUUGAUGGUGAAAAGCUUUCCCAAGAGAAGACUUUGAAGAGCAAGAGAUCACUCCAGAAGUGGAAGAGCUUUACCAAUGGUGCAAAUAAUUCAUAUAGGGGCGGUUCUAGGAGCAAGAAGUGGUCAAAGGACAUGUACUCUGACAUCCUGCAGAUAGAUGGCAAUCCGCUCCCAAAGCUCCCGGAAGAAGAAGCUGUUGGCGUAAUAACAAUGGAAGAUGUCAUUGAAGAGCUUUUACAGGAGGAGAUCUUUGAUGAGACGGAUCACCAUUUCGAAGACUCAUAACACUAGCUUUCCCAAGUUGAAUAAUCACAACAAAUUUGUUAGUUUUUUGUUUUGAUAGUUGGCCUGUAAAGCUCUUGUUAAAAACUUGAAAAAUCACCAUAUGACGUUUAAGGACUGUGCUUGAACUGUACUAAAAGCAGAUGAAGGUUGAUGAAGUGAGAAAAGGAAUGUAUAAUUUGUUGUACUCUCAUAUCAUAUGAGCUUUGCGAGUAUGACUUGAUGCACUCUGCGAAUUGCAUCUUCCGAUCAUUGUAUUAUGAUAGCCAAAGUUUAUGAAAAUCCGAGAAAAUUACAAUGACU